GCCCUAAGAUGAAGUCACAAACAUCGCGACUGUAGUCAACUCCCACUCUCUGGGCAGCACAGACGGGGCAUUAUGUGGCGGAGUACCAGCUGGUACCAUGGGCUCCUCAUCAUCCAUCAGACUUCAUUCGCUGCUGCCUCUAGAAGCAGGACAUGGAACUGAAACCCAAGAACCAACCUGUGGAUGUUCUGCUCGGAUGCAUCGUUGCCUUCUGCUUUUCUACUCUUUGUUGGGCUCAGAGACUCUGCACGGUGCCUCCCGGCCCAGUGAUGAUCCCUGAAAACAACACGGCCGACAUCCAGGUGGUAAAAAUCACCUCGAACAGCGAUGUGACUCUGAGCGUGUCAGUGAACCCAGAAGAUCUGUUUUACAUGAAGGGGAACAUCCUGAUGGUGAAGAAAGGCCUGGAUUAUGAGUCACUGUCCAGUCCAACUCUGCUGGUUUGGGUGAAGUGCAGCAAAGCUGGUUCCAGAUCUGUAAACGAGUCUGUGGAGGUUCUGGUGGAAAAUGUGAACGAUAAUCCUCCGAACUUUGCACAGAACCACUACGUGCUGGACGUGAAUGAGCUCACUCCUGUGAACUUAAGCGUCGGACUGAUAGAAGCGACGGAUGUUGAUUCAGAGCCGCUUUAUUAUCGCUUAGAGUCGGCAACUGAGAAAUAUUUCCGUCUGGAGAACAUCAACACUCCAAAGAUCCUUGUUAGAAGCAUCCUGGACUAUGAUGUUGUGCAGAAGAUCUCUCUGGUGUUACACGUGCAGGACACGUUCAAUGGUUCGGCCUCCAACGAGCCGUUCUUCACCUCUGUGGCCAUGAUAACGGUGCAGGUGAAGGAUGUGGACAACCGGCCCCCGUGGUUCCAGCCGUGUCUCAGGACGACCUUAGGAAUCGCCAAACUUUGCGUGAGCAGCGGCUACAGAGGCAAGGUCAACCUCACCGAGAAGGAGGAAGGCCCGUUGGUGCUGGAGCCUGGACCGGUGUUUGCCAGGGAUGGAGACAGGAACCGCAGUGAAACGAUCAGCUACAGAAUAUUACGAGGAAAUGAAGGGAACAUAUUCCAAAUUGAUGAAGACACGGGGAACAUUACAAUGACCAAAGCUGCAGAUAUCGCUGGCCCAAUCAUUCUGACAGUCCUGGGAUCGCAGGUGACCAACAGGGAUCAGUUUGCAGUGACACAGGUGACCGUUGAGGUGAUGAAGAAGAGCCGGAACCCCCCCCGCUUUGAGAAAGAACGAUAUGAAGGAUUUAUCUACAGCAACUCCGUCCCCGAGAGCAUGAUCCUCCGAGACCGGAGCACCAACCGACCGUUCAGGGUCCGAGCCCGAGACGAGGACUUCGCAAGUAGUGUGAACCCAGAUAUGAAGUAUGAGGUUCAGUACAGCAGCUACGUCAACGUAACCCCCGAUGGCUUUGUGAUCCUGAAGAGAGUGGUAAAGACAGAGUCUUUCGCCCUUCAGCUCCGAGCCGUGGAUUCAAUCACAGGAGAGUUUGGGACUGCAGCGCUCUCUGUUCAGGUCAUACCUGCCGUGGCCAUCCCCUCCCCUUCCAACAUCGGCUAUCGGCCGGGUGACAUGGCGCUGCUCGGUCUGAUCAUGGCGGCUCUUCUGGUUCUCUCCCUCAUCGUGAUUGGCUUCUUGAUUUCCCGCUUGUGGAAGGAAAACACGAGUCUCAAGAAGAUUUGUGAGUGCCUGGGGCCCUGUCUGUGGUCCAACCAGCCUCAGAGCGGCCACCGGGAUUCCCUGCAGUUCACUAACGACGGCUUCCAGAACGAGAGCGACCCAAGCCGAGGAGGCGGGAAGCGCUGGAACAACGUCAUCCUCAGGCGCAGCACUUUCCCCCAGCCCAGGAGCCGCAUCAUCCCCCUGGAGAGGCGGAGCCGCCACUGCUCCACCUGUGGCGUCUACAGUAACCAUGUCACAAAGGGGUCCCCGUUGGCGUGGAGAAGCAGGGGGGACGUGGACGAGUACGGCAUGAGGUCGAUCCUGUCCAAGCAGCGCAGGAAGGAGGGCCAGAAGACAGUGUGGUUCAAGGAGAGCGAGGACUCCUCGGACAUCGAGGUGGAGAUUAUCCCCGACACUGUAGGCCGGGUGGAGGAGGAGACUGAGGAGGAGCUGGAGGUAGAGAUGGAGGGGGUCAUCAGGGACCCUGCCGCUCCUCUGAGAGAUCCAGAAGGAGAGCAGGAGAACCAGAGUGACGAGCAGAGCCAGCAGCCAGAUCCUGGAGAUACAACGAGCUCAGAGAAGGGAGAGCAGGAGGAGGAGCGCUGAGGUCAGAGGUCAGACUGAGCUAAAUGCUCCUGGUUACAUGAUUACUGUGAAGAAACUCAUUCGGCGGUCCAGGACAGCAUUCCCAAGAUCCCUGAGCUUCUUCCAAGCAGGGAUCCACAGAUCAGGAAGUUUUUAUCUGCUGCUGUGAGCAUCCUGAAACCCAAUGUCACCGAUCAGGACCAUAAACGCUCAAUACUGAGAGUCGGCCCGGUGACAACUCCACUUCAGAGUUCUGGUUAACACAACUGCAUUCACUAAGAUAACCUCUGACAUCUCCACAGGUGUGAGGCCCUUUUUAAAGCUACAGUGCACAAAGUUUGGAGACUAUUUUUGUUAAAAAAAAAAAAGGAGCUGGAGUUUUUAUUUAGUCUGGAGAGCAGCUCAGGUUCAAAACAUACUGAACUAAACUUUUUGUUAACAGUCUGUAAAUUUAUCUUGGUGUUUUAACAGGAACUUAUGAUGCUUUUAAAUCCAUCCUUUCCACCUAAAAUCAUCCAGCUGUGGUCUAUAUAAAGUGGAACCUCAAUGCUUUAGUCUGAACUCCUUGUUCUUGUAGCUCCUCAGGCUCCUCUUUGACCUGUUCUAAGGAACGUCUGAGAGCAACUCGUUUUGGUGCCGUCUCUUUAAAUGCUGCUGAGGCCCUUCACACCCCGCCCACCUCCAGGUCAAAGAGCAUUUUUGUAGUUUGAUAACAGAGAUAUAAUUAUGUAGAGGCCCAGAAACAAGACUAAGAUGUCACAAUAAAAACUGUUUAUGUUGUAUUAUUAAAACCUGCAGUCUGACUCUGUCCUCCUGGAGCUAAAAGCAGCACCAAGACCCGAUGCUGCUGCUAUCAGAACCACGGCCAGGACGUCACAUCCACACAAUAAAUUCAUGUCUAAAAUAAA